AUGAUAAGACUUGAAAUCUCGGUGGAAGCUAUGAAAAGGGAAAUUGAAGAGUCUCGGAACCAAGUAACGACAACUCUUGGUAAUCUACAGACAGAAAGAAGCACAUGGAAGGAAACACUACUGACCAUGAAAGACGCAAGCAUUACAGCAUCAGACAAUGCCAUUCAAGAGACCAAAACACAAGUUCAAGAGGAACUAAACGUACUAGCGGCUGAGAAAGAAAGAUGGAAUAAAGAACUAAAGGAAAACGUGAAAAUGCCAGAGGUCGUUUUAUUCUCUGCUAGACGCCCCAAACAUAACACACCAACAAACGGACAAACAAUGAUUUUCACAGAGAUUAUUUUAAAUAAAGGCGGCGCUUACAACAAAGAAGAUGGUGUAUUUACCGCUCCUUAUACUGGCGUUUAUACCUUUACUGUACAAUUUUGUGUGCAUGGUGGAAGGUAUAUGGAUUUUUCCUUCGUGGCCAAUGACAAGCCGUUUAAGAUAUCACGUAUAAAUAGGGGCGGUAUUAGUUCUUGUUCCUGCCAAAGCUUUGAUGCCAUGACCAUUGUAAAUAAGAAUGAGAAUGUGAAAAUCAAGAUUAUAUCUAGGUCUAGUUCGGGAACCACACUAGAAGAGAGCGAUAAUCAUUACUGGAACACAUUUUCUGGUCGUUUUAUUCAGGCGAUUUAG